CUUGUGGCCUUCAAGAAUUAAAAAAAAUUAAAAAAUGGAACAACCAUGUACGUUAUGUAAGGAAGAACAAGAGCCAGAACCACAGAAGAGCAUAGAAGAAACCAAACAAGUAGAUGAUGAAGAUGCUGAGCUGAUCUUUGUUGGGGUGGAACAUGAAGAUGCUGAGCUGAUCUUUGUUGGGGUGACUUCAAAUUCAAAACCAGUCGUUUCAAACAUUUUGAACAGAGUCACCCCAGGUUCAUGUUCAAGGAGAAAAAAGUAUGGUCACCUUAGAAAAGAUACUGCUCACAAAUUGCAGCCUGUAAGUCAUGUGACCCCUACAUCAGAAACAGUGACUGUCUUGCCACUUUCAGAAUCUGAAUCUAGAUCAACAGAUAGUCCUGUUAUUAUUGAGCCUUUGUCUAAACCUAAUUAUAAAAAUAAUUCACCACAAGUCGUGCCUAAUAGCUCUUCAGAGUUAUGUUCUCCUUUGAUUACCUUCGCAAGUUCGUUGCAGCAUCAGGUAGGAGCAGCACUUUCUGUAGGAGGUAUGAAUAAAAGUCUUUGCGUAUCAAAGCGGCAUUCCACUUCUGAAGUAAACAGCAUAAAUUCCAAAAGGCCUAAACUCAGUGAUGGAAUCAUAGGGGGACAUUCUUCAGCCUCGUCCCCGUCAGGUAUCUUUCAUACAAUUACUACUCAGCAAAGCACACCCUCAAAUGGUGUUCAUACCUCAUUAAGCCAUGUUCAGGAUGGAGCACCUUUUUCAACAGCUUUUCCAAAGGAUAAUGUCCUUUUCAAGCCUGUAAAUCCCGUUAGGGAAAAUAGACUGGAAGAAACAGACUUUUUGAGUCUCGCAAGUGAAAACAAGACUGUUGAUCCCAAGAAAGGAAAUCUGAUUGUGUUACUUCAGGACUUUUACUACGGACAACAUAAAGGAGACGAGCAGCCAGAACAGAAGACUCACACAACUUUUAAAUGCCUCAGCUGCUUAAAAGUUCUAAAAAAUGUCAAGUUUAUGAAUCAUAUGAAGCACCAUUUGGAACUUGAGAAGCAGAAGGGUGACAGCUGGGAAAACCACACCACCUGCCAGCAUUGCCAUCGGCAGUUUCCCACUCCCUUCCAGCUGCAAUGUCACAUUGAAAGUGUGCACACUACCCAGGAGCCCUCCACUGUCUGUAAAAUUUGUGAAUUGUCAUUUGAAACAGAUCAGGUUCUCUUACAGCACAUGAAGGACAAUCAUAAGCCUGGCGAAAUGCCCUAUGUGUGCCAAGUUUGCAAUUACAGAUCGUCGGCCUUUGCUGAUGUGGAAACACAUUUCAGAACAUGCCAUGAAAACACUAAGAAUUUGCUUUGUCCGUUUUGUCUCAAAAUUUUCAAAACUGCAACACCAUACAUGUGUCAUUAUAGAGGACACUGGGAAAAGAGUGUUCACCAGUGUUCCAAGUGCCGGCUACAGUUUUUGACUUUCAAAGAAAAAAUGGAGCACAAGACCCAAUGUCAUCAAAUGUUUAAGAAGCCUAAGCAACUGGAAGGAUUGCCUCCUGAUACAAAAGUUGUUAUUCAAGUGUCACUGGGACCUCUUCAACCAGGAUCAGUGAAAGUAGCAUCUGUUACUGUGAGCACAUCUGAUUCUGAACCAUCACCCUCCAGGUCUAAAAGUAGAAGUUCAAAAAACCUCCGUUAAUUCUAGUUUCAGUAAAUCUAAAGCAAGUAUUUCAAUCAGAGUCAGCAAACCCAUAAAAACAAAAAAAUACAAACCAUACGUUAUUCAUUAGCAUCAAAAAUAGUGAAACCAACGGAUCAUUUAUGAGUUUUUUUAAAAUUCGUGAAAUACUAGAAUUUUUUUUCAAUAUGAAUUGUUUCAAUAUGAAUGAUAUGAAAUGAAUUUUGAGCUGUUAUUUAAGAAUAUAUUACCUGAUUUAUGAAUUUUGAGCUAUUUAAAAAUAUAUCACCUGAUUUUUAUGUGACCAUCUGGCUUAACACGUAAAAGCUGUGUGUGUGUGAGUGUGUGUGGAGAGAGAAAGAAUGGAAACCUAUUUAUUAUUUUGCUGUUUCUUGUCACUUGAAAGCUCUUCUAUGUAUAGAAUCCGUAGAGUUUUUUAAGUACUUUAUUUUCAACUUUUUCCAUGCCUUGAAGAUUUCAAUAUCAGCUCUAGUCAGACUGGAAUAGCAUUGCUAUGGCAUGGUCCUGUUUGCUGCUAAACUCCCAGAAGUGCCUCAUUUGUGUUGGUGUAGAAUAACAUGGCUCUGAAAGCUGUGGCAUGAAUGGGAACCAGACUGGGAGGUUAGUCAAUGUAGAGUGGUGGCUCCUUGUCUCAUAUGAGGGAGAGGCACAUAUUCACUCCAGUCUCGGAGCCAAGGCAGAAGGAAUACUGUCUCCAGAGUGUCUUUACCUAGCCCAAGAACAUCCAAAGAAGCAAAACCAUUAAAAUAAAAUGCUUAUGUUUGGCGAGGGGCCCUUUCAGACACCAAUCAACCACGGUGUAUCAUUGGCUUCACAUGGAGAAGCGGAGGUAAUUAAUAUAAUGGGGCUGAUGCCAGUGCACCUCCUGUUGAGUGAUCCAAAGAGGAAUUCAGUUUGUUCCCUCCCCUCUCCCUUCUGACUGGCCUUUAGUCAGAAUGAACUAGCCGUAUUAUCUCUCUUAGCUACAGCAGUAAAGCAAGUAAAGUUUCCCAAGGGAAAGAAGCGCUGACAUCCAUAUUUUGAACUGUCCUGGGUCCAUAGUUUUAACUGAAAAAGGAUAAACAGAUGGUAUCUGUCCAGUUCAUGGACUGGGCUAAAUUUAGUUCUCUUACUGUUAAGCAGGAAUGGCAUUGUCCAGGAAGAGUAGGUACAAUGGAUAAAAGUAGCCCAGAGUGACUGACUGAAAUUAAACCCGGUGUAGGGCUUUUCCUUAUAUUUUUCCAAGUACAUCUAUUUUACCCUAAUUGAACAUGUGAGGUUUGCAAUUUUGUAUCUUUCCUUGCACAUGAAUUCAUGAUGUUUGUAACAGUUACCCUCUUGUUGUGUAUAUAAUUUUCCAUUUUAUUAAACUAAUACUGAGUUUGAGUCUCACUUGACAUACUCUUAUGUGCAGGAAACAUCCAAUUUAUUUCACUAAGUAUUAGGUCUUAAGAGUUACUAUCUUUCAUCUCAUCUGUUGAACUACCUAAUCUGUGAUGAUAACUAUGGAGGAAUUUUUUUUCCCUUGCCAUCUCCAAGGCUCUUUCAAAGAACUGUGGAGUACCCUCUGAGUAUCGGUUCCUGAACAUCAGCGGCCUUGGCUGCUUCUAUGAGUUCCCAAGGUUAAGUCUCACUCCCUAUUUUCUAGUGCCAUGUGUCCUCCACCUUUGAGCCACGUACCUUGUAGCCUCUGUGCACCACUCAAGGAAUCUGGGAUCUUGGCUGUAGACCUAAGCCAGGAGAAAUCUCUCCUUUGUUCCCUUGCUUUCUCUUCCUUCUUAAAGGCGCCUUAUCUCUCUUCACUCCUUUCUCCCCUCCUCAGUCUAGUUAAAUUCCCUAAGCUUGCACAAAAAGCUGUGAAGAGGGCUUAGCAUCUCUUUCAGUAUUCAGGAGGAAAGACUACAGACAACAAGGUAGUUGUGAGUAUAUUGUCCGUGUAUUAGAUGAUUCCUUGAGUGUAGUUUCUGUUGUGUUUAUUUGUUCAAUGCUUGAUUGAUUCAUUUGCACUUUGAAUCUUUUACCAGACUUUUCCAGUUAGUUUGCUUGGGCCAAGGCACUUUGCUAAAAUUUAGCCUGAACCCCUUUCUUUAGGUGGAGAGAGAGAAUGUGUGUGUGUGUUUUCCACUGGUUCUGGUCUCAGGUGGAAACUUUUUUUGUAUAAAUAGAUCUGUAUACUUCUGCAUAUUUAUCUCCCUUAUUCCGUUUCUAUAGUAAAAAUAUGAAAUGUUGUGGUUUUGUGUUUUUGUGGUUGCUUAUUAUCAUCAACACUGUUAUUGUUUGCUGUUUCGCUAAUGUAUGCUCCUAAGGAGUGCAAAUUGUUAUUUAUUGCCAACUACAGGUUCCAGUGAUAUGACCCCCUGUCUACCUCCUCUCUCUUCCGUUUUCUGCUGUUCUGCUGUAUCAUUUUCCUUGCUGUUGCACUAUUUUUGACACACUGGCCUUGCUUUUCAUCAAGCAAAUCACAUUUCUUCCUGAUCAAAUGACUUUGCAACUGCACCUCUCGUUCUUAGAAUGCUCUUCUCCUAGGCCUGCAUGGCUUGCUACCUCGCUUACUGACACUUCCUUUGGUUUAUUGAACUUCAUGAGUAUUUUUAACAUGACACUGAUAAUGAAAUCUCCACUCCCUCUCCUUUUUUUGCUCCCUCCUCAAAAGCACUUUAAGUCUCCCCAUUCCUUUCUCCCCCUUUCCAAUCUAGUUAAAUUUCCUAGCUUUUCACAAAAAGCUGGGAAGAGAGAAUCAUCAAGGGCUUUGCAUCUCCCUUAUGAGCUAGCUUGAGUUAAUUUCUGUGCCUGCAACCAAAAGAAAAUUAAUAUAGUGAAUUGAGUUCUUUCAGGAGCUUUCUCUGUUUUUCUAUUGAUACCUCUCUAUUUUUUUAAAGCAAUGUCACUUUGUUUUGUUUACAAAUAUAUUGAAUAUCUGUCAAGAUUACUAUUUUGUUAUUGCCCUUGUGAAUUCCCUUGUCUAUUUUGCUUGCUUGUUCUUUCAGAUGAAAUUUAUUAUUUUAUUAAUGUUGCCAAAAACUGUAAGUAAAAUAGCAAUUAUAGUAAUAAAAUGUUUUUUGAAAAAA